AUGUUGCGAAAGCCGCGCCGUGUAAGGUUAUCGAUAAAUUUAUGGAUAAGUGUUCAGGCGAACCGUCUGGCGAUCCUCGACGCGAUCACCACGCUCCUGUUCCAGUUCGUUCCGCCGUUCUGCAUCAGUCUCUGGCCCCAAUUCAUCCUCUUCAACUUCUCGUUCGCCGGUCCGUUCAAUUUGGUCGGAAAACUGGUGGCCAACUCGAUCGAAGUCAUUAUUAUGCUCAAAGUUUUGGGACGGAAGAAGGCGAAAGUGUCGGUGAAGAAAAGUUCGAGCCGCGCACCCGACUCGCGUUCGCUCCGUCUGGUCCGUGCGAAAUAGUUCCGACAUCCGCCCAACUCCCGGUCGGUAGGAAACAGAGGUACGGAGAAAUGAACACUUGAACUUUUGAGAGCGGUUCCAAUUGGUUCAGGUUCUAAAAAACUUGUUUGCAGAUACAAAAACACAAUCUUUGUCGCGUGUUCCUCUAAUUUCCGGUAUGCUACUACGGCGUUAGCCAUUCUCGACCAUCAAUAGAAAUGCGUUCAUUACCUUCGUUGCCAUGUCUUCUCUCAAAUAUGUCCACCUGGUUGGCAACGUCGGCAAAAUUGGUCUUUGUGUUACAGUACUCACCAACUCACUGCUCGUCUAUCUCACGUUUUGCCACAUCAAAAGCAUCACUCCCGUCUAUCGAUUCAUGAUAUUUUUGCUCGCCGAGUUCGGACUCACGCUCUCGUUUCUGGAGAUCAUCGUUCAACCGUUUAUUCAUUCCUACAACUUCAGCUGGAUAUACUUCACUGUUGAUCCAGUAUUCGGAGCUUCCAAGUCUCUGAAGACGGCCAUGCUUCUCGCUUACGCACUCGUCUACGAGAUCAUCAUUUGUCUGAUGGCAGUACAAUUCAUUUAUCGUUAUGUGGUGUUGUUGAAGCCGGGCAGCGUCAAGCUUUUUCACGGAUGCAACGCUCUCUGCUGGUUCGUCUACAUAUCGGUGUGUGUGGCGAUUUGGAUAGCGCUACUCGUCACAUGCCUGCCUGAGCCGUUUUCGAAAUUGUACACGAGGCGCGAGCUUUCGGAUAACUAUAAUUAUGACGUGGAUGAACUGUCCGGCUUUUUCAUUGUCGCGUUUGUUAGUAUCGGAUCGAAUAUGAGAGGGGAAACACUCGUUGAGCUUUCAGGAGCCGGUCGAAAACGUUGCGACGAUCCGCCUGAACGCUCUGCUCUGCACUGCUGGCCUCGCAUUCACUCUUCUCGCUCAAUACGCCGUGAUGGUCUACUGUGGCGUGAAGAUUCAGAAGAAAAUGAAGGAGAUCUCAAGGUCGGCGUCGAAUAAGGAGCAUCGAUUGCAAGUGCAACUAUUCAAGACGUUAGUCCUACAAAUCACGUCGCCCUCGCUAUUCUAUCACAUUCCCGCCAUCGUCAUGUUCGCCGCGCCGUACUUUGACACUAAACUGAGCGUGCCGUCCGGCCUCAUGAUAGCCUUCUUCAGCGUGUAUCCAGCCAUUGACAGCAUCAUUCUUAUGUGCGUCGUCACCGAAUAUCGGAGAGCUAUGCGAAGUGAGAGGCGGAGCGAAGCGUUCAAAAGUUUGGCGAAUAUUAGUGGAAACUUGCAGAGUUCACUGAAAAAGCACUUCAAUUCCUAUUGAAUCUUAUCCGAAGUUAUGCAGAAUCUGACGAAACUACAAAUACACAAGAGACACCUUAA